CAAUAUGGCGUUUUCUAAAAUAGAAAGUUUCAUCUUUAAAUCGAAUCUUCUCUUCGUUCACGGCCAUAACGCACACGAGAGCGAGGAAUUGUGUCAAAUGUGCUUGUGUCAGCUUGUAGAGUGCUGUCAAUCGAAAAAGGAUUUACUUAUCUACGAAUAUCGAAUUAACAUAGUAGGUGGUUCGCCAUUAAAUAUCUAAUCAAUUUUCUCGCUAAGGAAAUGGCGGAUACUACCGUGGAUGCAACGAGGCGUUUAAACGUUAAGAAACAGACAUUGGACGACGCUUAUGCUGCGCCCGCAAAUUUUCUCGAAAUUGAUGUGAUUAAUCCAAUCACACACGGCGUCGGUAAAAAACGAUAUACCGAUUAUGAAGUUCGCAUGAGAACAAACCUACCAGUCUUUAAAGUCAAAGACUCCACAGUCAGAAGAAGAUACAGUGAUUUUGAAUGGCUUAGAAACGAAUUGGAAAGGGACAGCAAGAUUGUUGUACCGCCUUUACCUGGAAAGGCAUGGAAACGUCAAAUGCCAUUUCGAGGAGAUGAUGGAAUUUUUGAGGAAGAUUUCAUAGAGGAUCGAAGGAAAGGUUUAGAGAUAUUUGUUAAUAAAAUAGCUGGACAUCCCUUGGCACAAAAUGAGCGAUGUUUACAUUUGUUUCUUCAAGAACCUGUAAUAGACAAGAACUACGUACCUGGGAAAAUACGUAAUACAUAAGUAAUAAUAUUAAGACAAAUCGCAAGUAUGUUUCACCCAGUCUUUGAUAUUUAAGCCAUAUUUCAUUAUUUUAAUAAUGCUUCAUUGAGAGAUUCAAAGAGAUCCUUCUCUGUAUAUAUAUAUAUAUAUACAUAUAUAUAUAUACACAUACACACAUACAUACACACAAAUAUAUAUAUAUAUAUAUAUAUAUAUAUAUAUAUGUAUAUAUUUUAUAAUAUAUGAGUUUUUUCAGUGCUGUGAUGUUCAAUAAAGUUUCUCAGUUUUCAAAUAAUUACGUUUAAAUCGGUUUUGUAAAAUUCGCGAAGGAUCUUUUAUCAAAAGUAAAUAUUAGUUAUCUUUAUAAGAGAACUAUACACGAUCUCAAAAAGGAGAACAAAAAAGAAAUAAAGGAAAAUAUAAUAAUAAUUUACACAUCAGGCAAGAAAAGAAUUACGAAGAUGAAUCACUAUAUUAAAAAAAAAAUGACAGAAUUUGUGCAUAUAUAUAUAUAGAGAAAGAGAGAGAGAGAGGGAGGGAGAGCGAGAGAGAGAGAGAGAAAGAGAGAGCACCAGAGCAUUGUUACAUUUUUUGCAUAAUUUUUGGUGCACAAAUAUCUGUUCAUUAAAAUAUGGCUUGUGGAAGUAAAAAAAGUUAAAAAAAAAAAAAAAAAAAAAAAAAAGAGAGAAAA